AUGGCCUGGGGCCCCCUGGCUCGGCUCCUGCUGGCCUGGGCGGCCCUGCUGUGCCUGGUGGGGGUCCACGGCCGAUGGGACAGGGCCUUGGAGUCUGCAGGUCCCGGACGUGUGCGCAGGCGCGGCAGCCCCGGCGUCCUGCAGGGGCCGAAUGUGUGCGGCUCCCAUUUCCAUGCCUACUGCUGCCCGGGAUGGAGGACAUUGCCAGGCGGUCACCAGUGUGUCGUUCCUGUCUGCAGACACCCCUGUGGCGAGGGCUUCUGCUCCCGGCCCAACCUGUGCACCUGUGCUGAUGGCAAGCUGGCGCCCGCCUGCGGGGGAAGCCGAGGGUUAGGGUGCAGCGUGAGCUGCAUGAACGGGGGCAGCUGCCGAGGGGAGUCCUGUCUGUGCCAGAGGGGCUACACGGGCACGGUGUGCGGGCAGCCCAUCUGUGACCGCGGUUGCCACAACGGGGGCCGCUGCAUAGGACCGAACCGCUGUGCUUGUGUGUACGGCUUCAUGGGGCCGCAGUGUGAGAGAGACUACCGGACGGGCCCCUGCUUUGGUCAGGUGGGCCCUGAGAGGUGCCAGCACCAGCUGAUAGGCCUCGUGUGCACGAAAGCACUCUGCUGUGCCACCGUGGGCCAGGCCUGGGGUGUCCCGUGUGAGCUCUGCCCUGCACAGCCUCACCCCUGUCGCCGAGGCUUCAUCCCCAAUAUCCACACGGGGGCCUGCCAAGAUGUGGAUGAGUGCCAGGCCGUCCCAGGCCUGUGCCAGGGGGGCAGCUGCGUCAAUACCGUGGGCUCCUUCGAGUGCCGCUGCCCGGCUGGAUACCGGCUCAGUGAGAACGGUGCCAAGUGUGAAGACCAUCGGGCCGGCACCUGCUUCUCGGCGCUGAUUGUGGGCCACUGUGCUGGGGACCUCGCCGGCCAUUACACUCAGAGGCAGUGCUGCUGCAACAGGGGCAGGUGCUGGGCUCCCGGCCCAGCCCCUGAGCCAUGUCCUCCGCGGGGCUCUGAUGAGUUCCACCGACUGUGUGUGCAGGGGCUCCCGCUGCUACCCUCCUACCCCGGCCCCUUCCCUGGCCUCCCUGGCUUCGGAUCCAACGGCGUGGGUCCUGGCCUUGGGCCCGCACGGCACAACCCCCAUGGCUCCAAUGGGCGUGGGGUUCCCAGCCUGGGCCUUGGCAACGCCCACAUUGGCACAGCCACCCUGAACCAGACCAUCGACAUCUGCCGGCACUUCACCAAUCUGUGUCUCAAUGGCCGCUGCCUGCCCACCCCUUCGAGCUACCGCUGCGAGUGUCACGCGGGCUACACGCAGGACGUUCGGGGGGAGUGCAUCGACGUGGACGAAUGCGCCAGCAGCCCCUGUCCCCAUGGAGACUGCAUCAACACCCCUGGCUCCUACCACUGCCGGUGCUACGAGGGCUUCCAGGCGAAGGCGGCCAAGCAGGCGUGCGUGGACGUGGACGAAUGCCUUGCGGGCAGCAGCCUCUGCCACCGCGGCCGCUGCGUCAACACCGAGGGCAGCUUCCGCUGUGUCUGCAACGCGGGCUUCGAGCUCGGCCCCGGGGGCAAGAACUGUGUGGAUCACAACGAGUGUGCCACCACCACCAUGUGUGCCAACGGCGUGUGCAUCAAUGAGGACGGCAGCUUUACGUGUCUCUGCAAAUCCGGCUUCCUGCUGGCGCCUGGGGGCCGCUACUGCGUGGACAUCGACGAGUGUCAGACUCCGGGCAUCUGCACGAACGGCCACUGCACCAACACCGAGGGCUCCUUCCGCUGCCACUGCCUGGGGGGGCUGGCGGUGGGCGCCGACGGCCGCGCGUGCGUGGACACCCACGUGCGCAGCACCUGCUACGGGGCCCUGGAGCAGGGCUCCUGCGCGCGCCCCUUCCCUGGCGCCGUCACCAAAUCUGAGUGCUGCUGUGCCAGCCCAGACCACGGCUUUGGGGAGCCUUGCCGGCUGUGUCCUGCCAAGAACUCUGCCGAGUUUCAGGUUCUGUGCAGCAGCGGUCUGGGCAUCACCACGGAUGGCAGAGACAUCAAUGAGUGUGCCCUCGACCCCAACGUCUGUACCAACGGCAUGUGCGAGAACCUUCAGGGCAGUUACCGCUGCGUCUGCAACCUAGGCUACGAGGCGGGCGCAGCGGGCAAGCAGUGCGUGGACGUGGAUGAGUGCGCGCGCAACAGCCUCCUGUGCGACAACGGGCGGUGCCGGAACAGCCCGGGCAGCUACAGCUGCUCCUGCCCCCAGGGCUUCAGCUUCCGGCAGGACACGGAGACCUGUGAAGACAUCAACGAGUGCCUGUCCGACCCGUGUGUAAAUGCUGUGUGCCGGAACCUGGCUGGUUCCUAUGCCUGCGAAUGCGCCCCUGGCAGCCGGCUGGGGCCGUCCGGCACCGUGUGUCUAGACAGCACCAGGGGCACCUGCUGGCUGCAGGUCCAGGACGGCCGCUGUGAAGCGAACCUGCGCGGAGCCUCCCUGCGGUCCCAGUGCUGUGCCACCCUGGGGGCCGCCUGGGGGAGCCCCUGCGAACGCUGCGAGUCCGACCCCGCCUGCGCCCGCGGAUUUGCCCGCCUGACGGGGCUCACCUGCGAAGAUGUGAAUGAGUGCGAAGUCUUCCCUGAGGUCUGUCCCAAUGGGCGCUGCCUCAACACUGCCGGCUCCUUCCGCUGUGAGUGUCCCGAUGGGCUGACGCUGGACGCCACCGGCCGCCUCUGUGUGGACAUGCGCCUGGAGCCUUGUUUCCUGCAUUGGGAUGAGGAUGAGUGUGGGGCCGCCCUGCCCGGCAAAUACCGGAUGGACGUCUGCUGCUGCUCCGUGGGGGCUGCCUGGGGGGCCGAGUGUGAAGCCUGCCCAGAGCCCGAGUCCCCGGCAUUUGCCAGCCUGUGUCCCCGGGGCCUGGGCUUCGCCAGCCAGGACUUCCUGUCAGGCCGGCCCUUCUAUAAAGAUGUGAACGAGUGCAAGGCCUUCCCUGGCCUCUGCGUGCACGGUGCCUGCCGCAACACCGCGGGCAGCUUCCGCUGCUCCUGCGCGGGGGGCUUCGCUCUGGAUGCCCAGGGAAGGAACUGCACAGACAUCGACGAGUGCCACAUCUCCCCCGACCUCUGCGGCCAGGGCACCUGUGUCAACACCCCGGGCAGCUUCGAGUGUGAGUGCUUCCGUGGCUACGAGAGCGGCUUCAUGCUGAUGAAGAACUGCAUGGACGUGGACGAGUGUGUGCGGGACCCGCUGCUGUGCCGGGGAGGCACCUGCUUCAACACGGAGGGGGGCUACCAGUGCCAGUGCCCCCCCGGGCACACGCUGACGGCCAAGGGCACCGCCUGUGAGGAUGUUGAUGAGUGUUCCCUGAGUGACGGCCUGUGUCCUCACGGCCACUGUGUCAAUGUCAUCGGGACCUUCCAGUGCUCCUGCCACGCGGGCUUCCAGAGCACGCCUGACCUCCAGGGCUGCAUGGAUAUAAACGAAUGCCACACCGGGAACGGUGGCUGUGACGUGCACUGCACGAACACCGAGGGCAGCUACCGGUGUGGCUGUGGACACGGCUACUCACUGAUGCCCGAUGGGAGGGCGUGUGCAGACGUGGAUGAGUGUGCGGAGAACCCGGACAUCUGCGAUGGAGGCCAGUGCGCCAACGUGCCGGGGGGCCACCGCUGCCUGUGCUAUGACGGCUUCGUGGCCACGCUGGAUGCGAGGGCGUGUGCUGACGUGAAUGAGUGUGACCUGAACCCCCACGUUUGCCUCCAUGGGGACUGUGAGAACACAAAAGGCUCCUUUUUCUGCCACUGCCGGCUGGGCUACGUCAUCAGGAAGGGGGCCACGGGCUGCUCCGAUGUGGAUGAGUGUGAGCUUGGGGGACACAGCUGUGACAGUCACGCUUCCUGCCUCAACGUCCCGGGGAGUUUCAGCUGCAGGUGCCAGCCAGGCUGGGUGGGGGAUGGCUUCGCAUGCCACGACCUGGAUGAAUGCUCCUCCCGGGAGCACCAGUGCAGCCUGCGAGCCGACUGCCUGAAUGCUCCCGGCUCCUACCUCUGUGCCUGCCACCAGGGCUUCACCGGGGACGGCUUCUCCUGCGAAGACAGGGACGAAUGUGCUGAGGACGUGGACCUCUGUGAGAACGGGCAGUGCCUCAAUGCCCCCGGCGGGUACCGCUGUGAGUGCGAGAUGGGCUUCAGCCCCACAGAGGACCACCAUGCCUGCCAGGAUGUGGACGAGUGUGUUCUCGGGAACCUCUGUGUGUUCGGGAGCUGCAAGAACCUGCCUGGAAUGUUCCGCUGCGUCUGCAGCGAGGGCUACGAGCUGGACCGCGGUGGCGGCAAUUGCACAGAUGUCAAUGAGUGUGCAGACCCUGUGAACUGCAUCAAUGGCCUGUGUGUCAACACCCCCGGCAGCUACCUCUGCAACUGCCCCCAGGAUUUUGAGCUGAACCCCAGCGGGGUGGGCUGUGUGGACACCCGGGUCGGGAACUGUUUCCUGGACACGCAUGACCGAGGGGAUGGUGGCAUCUUCUGCACAGCUGAGAUCGGGGUUGGCGUCACCCGAGCUUCCUGCUGUUGCUCCCUGGGACGGGCCUGGGGUAACCCGUGUGAACUGUGCCCGAUGGCCAACACCACCGAGUACAGAACCUUGUGCCCGGGGGGCGAGGGCUUCCGGCCCAACCCCAUCACUGUCAUUCUGGAAGACAUCGAUGAGUGCCAGGAGCUGCCCGGGCUGUGCCAGGGGGGCGCCUGUGGCAACACCUUCGGCAGCUUCCAGUGUGCGUGCCCACCCGGCUACCACCUCAAUGAGGACACCCGCAUCUGUGAGGACAUCGACGAGUGCUCGGCACACCCGGGCAUCUGCAGCCCCGGUACCUGCUACAACGCCCUGGGGAACUACACCUGUGUCUGCCCUGCGGAGUACCUGCAAGUCAACGGUGGCAACAACUGCAUGGACAUGAGGAAGAGCAUCUGCUUCCGGCACUAUAACGGCACGUGUGGGAAUGAACUGGCCUUUAACGUGACGCAGAAGAUAUGCUGCUGCUCAGACAACAUCGGCCAGGCCUGGAACAGACCCUGCGAGGCCUGCCCCACCCCUGCCAGCUUGGACUACCGGAUCCUGUGCGGAAGCCAGGCCCCCGGCUUCGUCAUUGACAUCCACACGGGGAAGCCCAUCGACAUCGACGAGUGUGGGGAGAUCCCCGCCAUCUGUGCCGAUGGCAUCUGCAUCAACCAGAUCGGGAGCUUCCGCUGCGAGUGCCCCGCGGGCUUCAGCUACAACGGCGCGCUGCUGGCCUGCGAAGACGUGGACGAGUGUGCCAGUGGGGAGAGCCCCUGCCGGCGGAAUGCCGACUGCGCCAACAUCCCCGGCAGCUACCGCUGCAAGUGCGCCCGAGGCUACAAGCUGUCGCCAAGCGGGGCUUGCGUGGGACGGAACGAGUGCCGGGAGAUUCCAAACAUCUGUAGCCAUGGCGACUGCGUGGACACGGAGGGCAGCUACACUUGCCUGUGUCACCGCGGCUUCCAGGCCUCUGCCGAACAGACCCUGUGCACGGAUGUGGACGAGUGUGACCAGCAGCCAUGCGGAAAUGGGACCUGCAAGAACGUUGUUGGCUCCUACCACUGCCUCUGCUACCCUGGCUUCGUGGCAACACACAGCGGAGACUGCGUGGACAUGGAUGAGUGCACCACCCUGGCAGGGCAGGUUUGCCGAUUUGGCCAGUGCCUCAACACAGCUGGCUCCUUCCACUGCCUUUGCCAGGAUGGCUUCGAGCUCACGGCCGACGGGAAGAACUGCAUGGACACCAAUGAGUGUUUCAGCCUCGCGGGAACCUGCCUGCCGGGCACUUGCCACAACCUCGAGGGCUCCUUCCGCUGCAUCUGUCCCCCUGGCUUCCAGGUGCAGGACGACCGCUGUGUCGACAUCGACGAGUGCUUGGAGGAACCCAACCUCUGCCUCUUUGGCACCUGCACCAACAGCGCCGGGAGUUUCCAGUGCCUCUGCCCACCUGGCUUUGUCCUCUCUGACAACGGGCACCGCUGCUUUGACACGCGGCAGAGUUUCUGCUUCACCCAAUUUGAGGCCGGGAAGUGCUCUGUGCCCAAAGCUUUCAACACCACCAAGGCCCGGUGCUGCUGCAGCCAGAAGCCCGGCGAGGGCUGGGGCUACCCCUGCGAGCUGUGUCCCCAGGAGGGCAGUGCUGCCUUUCAGGAGCUCUGCCCCUUCGGCCACGGGGCGGUCCCAGGCCUGGAUGACUCCCGGGAAGACGUGAACGAGUGUGCGGAGAGCCCCGGCGUCUGCACUAACGGCCUUUGCGUCAACACCGACGGGUCCUUCCGCUGCGAGUGUCCCUUCGGCUACAGCCUGGACUUCACCGGCGUCCGCUGUGCGGACGUAGACGAGUGCGCCGUCGGGCACCCCUGUGGCAAAGGCACCUGCACUAACGUCAUCGGAGGCUUCGAAUGUGCCUGCGCCGACGGCUUUGAGCCUGGCCCCAUGAUGACCUGUGAGGACAUCGACGAGUGCUCCCUGAACCCUCUGCUCUGUGCCUUCCGCUGCCGCAACACCGACGGCUCCUACGUGUGCACCUGCCCGGCCGGCUACGCCCUGCGGGAGGACGGGGCCAUGUGCAGAGAUGUGGACGAGUGUGCGGCCGGUCAGCAGGACUGCGGCGAGCGGGGCAUGCUGUGUAAGAACCUCAUCGGCACCUUCGCCUGCGUCUGCCCCCCAGGCCUGCGGCCUCAGCCUGGCUCCGGGGAGGGCUGCACAGAUGAAGACGAGUGCCGAGCGCAGCCCCACCUGUGCGCCAACGGCCUCUGCGUCAACACCGUAGGCAGCUUCCGUUGUGACUGUGACCAGGGCUUCCGGCCCAGCCCCGCCGGCACCGAGUGCCACGACGCGCGGCGGGGCCCCUGCUUCUCCGAGGUGCUGCAGGCCGUGUGCCAGGCUCCCUCGAGCAGCGGUGAGGCCGUCACCAGGGCCCAGUGCUGCUGCGGGGGCGGCCGGGGCUGGGGGGCCCGCUGUGAGCUCUGUCCCCUGCCUGGCACCUCUGCCCACAGGACCCUGUGCCCCCACGGCUCAGGCUACACCGCCGAAGGCCAAGAUGUGGACGAGUGCCACAUGUUCGCGGACCUCUGCCCUCACGGCGAGUGCAUCAACAGCCUUGGCUCCUUCCGCUGUCGCUGCCAGGCCGGGUACGCGCCAGACGCUGCUGCCACAGCCUGCCUGGAUGUAGAUGAGUGUGGCCAGGCCCCCCCGCCGUGUCCUUUCCUCUGCAAAAACACUGAGGGCAGCUUCCUCUGCGCCUGCCCCCGAGGCUACCGGCUGGAGAAGGACGGCAGAACCUGCAGAGACCUCGACGAGUGCUCCUCCAGGCACCACAACUGCCAGUUCUUCUGCGUCAACACCGUGGGCUCCUUCAGCUGCCAGUGCCCCCCCGGCUUCACCCAGCACCGCCAGGCCUGCCUCGACACAGACGAGUGCUCAGCCCAGCCUGGCCCCUGCGGCACCCACGGGCGCUGCCUCAACGCCCCAGGCAGCUUCCGCUGCGAGUGCCACCGCGGCUUCACCCUGGACAGUUCGGGCCAUGCCUGCGAAGACGUGGAUGAGUGUGCAGGGCCCCAUCGCUGCCGGCAUGGCUGCCAGAAUGAGCUGGGGGGCUACCGCUGUGGCUGCCCCCAGGGCUUCACCCCACACUCCCAGUGGAGCCAGUGUGUGGACAAAAACGAGUGUGUGCUGUCGCCUGCGGCCUGCGGCAGUGCCCCCUGCCACAACACGCUGGGUGGCUUCCGCUGCGUCUGCCCCUCUGGCUUUGACUUUGACCAGGCCACAGGGGGCUGCCAGGACAUAGACGAGUGUGCCGCACGGGGCGGCCCCUGCAGCUACAGCUGCACCAACACCGCGGGAGGCUUCCUGUGCGGCUGCCCCCAAGGCUACUUCCGGGCCGGGCAAGGGCACUGUGUCUCUGGCCUGGGCUUUGGCGCUGGACUCCAGGAGACCCCAGAAGAGGGACUGCGUUCAUCUGAAGCCUGCUAUGAAUGCAAGAUCAAUGGCCUCCCGCCUCGUGACCGGCCACGGCGCAGUGCCUACGGGGGCCACCAGGUGAGCCUGGCCAGCCUUGACUCGGAGGCCCCACUGACCUUGGACCUGAACCUCUCGCGCCUGGGCCAGGCCGAGCACAUCCUGGAGCUGCAGCCGGCGCUAGAGAGCCUGGCGGGCCGGGUCCGUUACGUCAUCGCCCGUGGCAAUGAGCAGGGUUUCUUCCGCAUGCAUCGCCUCCGAGGCCUCAGCGCCCUGCAGCUGGGGCGUCAGAGGCCUGGGCCAGGGACCUACUGGCUGGAGGUGGUGAGCGUGGCAGGGCCCUGGGGCGCCUGGCGGGAGGGGCCACCGGGACCAGGGGGCCGGACCUUGCGGCUGAAGGUGCUGCUGCAGCUGCUGUAGUCGCAAGGACCCUCCCCCAUCUCCUGCCAGACCCCAGGCCUCUCCCGCAGCCCCCUCUCUGGACUCACUGCAUGGGCACGGCCCAAUCCUUGCCUUGUUCACCGGGAUUUGGGGGAAACUGAUGUCACCCAGCUUACUACCCAGCGCCGGGAGCCCCUGGUGGCCCUGGUGAAGCCCUGGACUCAGUGUCCCCGGAGCCCCCUGUUCCUCCUCCCCUCCAGAGGCCCCAGCUCCUCACCCCCUUCCAGAGCGUGGAGGGGGGCAGACCCCACCAGCAGUGGUGAUCCCCCGACCAGGUGGAGCCCCAGAACUCAGGAAGAGCAAACCGCUAUGCUAUGACCUCAGGUGAACCCGGCUUCUGCCCAGGGGGAC